GAAUGCAAUGCGCAUGCGCAUCCGGAUGUUUAGAAUUCCCGAAACUAAACUCCUCGCUGCAAGUUGUAAAAUAUCUCAAAACUCCGUUAUAAGAGUUUAUAUUCCGUGACAACAAUAACAAAAAGACUAUGGAUAUGUCUUGAAUACCCACUAACCAACUGAACAGCACAAUGACAGAUGACACUCCACCUAGUUUACCACCCAGAGUAAGACAGCACAUCACCGGCCAUGGGGACCCUUCAGCACUGCAGCAGCAGCAAGAUAUGCAUAUGUGGCAGCACAUCUCACUGUCACAGCCACAGACCGCACCAGGCAUCCAGGCAUUGCCCAUCGGCAUGGGCUUCAACAGUCGCCCACAGCAGCAGGUUUGGCAAGAUCACACUUCAGCAUUUUCCCAAAGGGGCUGGCAGCCAUUCCCACACGCCCACACACAGCAGAGUCCACAGGAACCACAAGACUUGACUAGAUCUCAGCCACAGAGUUGGGCUGGUGGCGAUAUGAACCGUACUCCAACUGUACAGCAGCUGCAGCAGCUGGUAUUCUUGCAGCAACAGCAGACCUUGCAGAUGCAGCAGCAACAGCAUCAGCAACACCAUCUCACUCACGAACAGGGACUUCAUCAUUUAGACCCACUUGUUCAGCAUGAUGACCGUCAGCACGAUAAAUUUACAAAGUCUCCAUCACCACAGAUUGAAGAGAAUCGGAAUUCCCCAGCCGUUGGUCGACCCUUCAUGCAUAACAUGACAAGCCCCCAGCAGCCUGCCUGGCAACCAGUGUUGCAUCAGUAUGACCUACCACAUGCAGAGCCACAGCACUCUCAGGCAUUUUCCUCAGUGUCCCAUCAUCAGCCCCUGUUUGCACAACAGCAGUAUGUACAUCAGCCCGUAUGGCAACACACACCCUACAGCCAGCUUCCAGUGCAACAUAUUAGACAAAAUACCCAGCCCAUGCAGCAACAGCCAUUGCAGCAGCAGUUUCUGUGGCAGCAACAGCAGCAAUCACAGCUUCAGCAGCACCAACUUCAGCAGCCCCAACGACAACCACUAGCUCACCCUGCGCUCUCGCAACCAGAUCCACAGCCACCAUACUCUCCCCAAUCAUCCUCUUCUAGCAGUUUCACGGACAGACCUACCAGCUUUGAAAAGAAAGAUCCUGACUCUCAAGCCAACCAUGCAAGCAUGUUUAACAGAAUGCCAACCAAUGAUCACAUCAGCAUUCUAAGUAGGAAAGACAGACUCAAUCCUGCAGAUUCUAGCACCGGACUUAGUCCACUGAACUCACAUGUAAGUAUGAACUCAAACUCACCAAAACCACCAAUCAGAAUAUUGAGUAAAUCGCACCAAAAUGGUGAACAAUUGCCUGGAUUUAACCAUUCUCCAAAACAAGUGGAGCAGAACUCACCCUCCAUAAGUAUUGCACAGAAUAUAGUACAGAGACCAGUACAUGGUGUCGGUUCUGGAUUGAACAAUACCCAGAUGAGUAUGCAAAGUGCAUUGAAACCACAGAACUUCAACCCCAAUCCAAAUACAAGUCCAUACCAAAGCAUGACCUCUCCUAGCCCAAUGCCAAAGGGUGUGGGAGUUCACGGGAAUCAACAGUCUCAUCCAAGAUUCCAGUCUCCUGGUAAAGAACAGCCAUCGGGUCCCAGACCGAACCAGUACAGGCCCCGGUCCCCAGCAGCUGUGGUUAGAAGCCAUCAGCCUCAGGGUGUGGUCAUUAAUAACAUCUACCAGAGAACCGGUCCUGUAUCCAACACUGGUUCCAAUUUCCACCGGAUGGAGAACAUGGUUGUGUAUGCGUUUGUGCAAGGUCUGGACCCCCGUACUCAGGCAGAGAGCAUCCGUAACUACUUUGAGAUUGUUGGCAAGCCGACAGCUGUCCAGGACAAUAUACUGUUCAGCCUUGACCACACAGAAGCUCUUGUUGUCUUUACGCAGAAACCAGAAAUGGGGAGACUGAAACAAAACGUGCGUAACCGUAAGCUAGAUGGCAAGACCUUAGAGGUGUGUGAGAUGCCAGCGCCUACAGCAAUAGUGGUGAGCAGUGAUCACCAGAUACGCAGCACUGAGACGCUCAAGCACUACUUUGAGCGUGACGUGGUCGGGGGGCCCUUGAAGAAGAACCGUGUGGAGGAGACAGAGGACGGGUGCCUGCUGCUGGAGUUCCAGAGUGAGAAAUCUGUCCAGCAUAUCUGCUCUCAUCAGGGUGGCCACAAGGUGGAUGGUGUCGUGCUGCGUGUGUCCCCCUACUACCAGUGUGCUGCAGGGGCCAUAUGGGACACAAACCUGCAUGUCGUGCCCAUACCCAAACCUGUCAACAUACAGAUACUACCAGAUCAACUGGAGUUUGUCAAAGCUUAUAGUCAGCCACAGUUUGCAUCACGGCUGCGCGACAAGCAUGCUGAUAUCUCAUUCUCGAAGGAUCACGUCACGGUCACAUGCGUUCUUCACCAGAAGAUGCCCAAGUAUCGCCAGCUGGUUCGUUGCUGGGAGACUGGCAUUCAGGAGGCUGUUGCCACAUUCCUUGCCGAGAAUAUUGACCAGACAGACAUACGGGUGCCGGAGAAUGUGUGGGAUAAAAUGUGCGACUUCUUGAAUUCAGGGAGACAGGAGCUUAAAGACAUGCUGAUAAAACCAAACAGGGACAGAAAAUCUCUCAAGCUUGUUGGCUUCAAGAAGAAAGAUAAUGUACGAAGUGCUCAAAAAAUUAUAGAGGAACAAAUUGAAUCGCUAUCUCGAGCAAUGAGACGAAAAACUGAGAUGCGAAAAGUGAAAACCGAGGAGUACAUGAAAGUGCUCCAUUAUCAGGGAACAUUUGCAGCCAUUUGCAAAAAAUUUGCUGAUCUCGACAUUAACGUGAAAGGUAAUGAGGUGACAGUGGAUGGUGAUCCAGAUGAUAUACAAAAAGCUUUCAUCGAAAUGUACAGCGAAUGUGAUAAAAUUGAACCUACUACCUUCAAGCAUUCUAGAUCAAGAGAAUGGGUGCAGUUUUUGAAACAUGAUUCCGUGAAAGAAAGUAUUAACAAAAAACUUGAGCAGCAGAAACUGAAUGGCACUUGGACAGUAAAUGGCAAAGAAAUUAUUGUGUUUGUUCCUGAAGGAGUUAAAGCUGAUGCUAUCAAAGACACGGUCUAUGUUACUGUUUUGGAAACGGAUGUUCCAGUGGACCCUGCAUCGAAGGAGUUGUUACAAUCAGAGGUAUGGAGUGUAUUUCAAGCUGAUCUGUUAAGUCGGCAACAGGAAAAAGUGGAUUUUUUCACCAAAAAUGAUCAUGAAGUAACUGUUGUUGGAUUGGAGGAUGCAGUUCCUAGUGUUGUGAAACAGAUAGAAGAUUUCCUCAACUCUAAGGCAGAGAAAACAGUGACUGUUCCAUGUGAAUCAGCAAAAAUGGACUUUAUUUACAGAUGCUGGACUGCAGAAGACUUCAAAGAAUUCGAGGAUAUUGGUGCAGUUCUUCAAAAGACAGUGCAUGGCAUUAAACUGACUGGUCUGGCAGACAACCUCAUAUCUGCAAAACAGAAAUUUGAUGAAAAACUGAAGACCAUCACUUGUAAAAAACACACCUUGAAGAAAUUGGGUGUGUGCUCAGUAUUGCGCACGGCUAAGCUGUCUGGAACAAUCACUACGUUGGAGAAGUCUCACAGGUGUGUCAUCAAGUUGCCACAAGAGCUGGAGAACACGGACACCUUUCUUAGGAGCACAUAUGAGAUUGUGGAGCCAGAAAUAAUAUGUGGAGACGAGACUGCUGGUACUCAUGGAUCAAAGGUUUUCCAAACUCGGAAACUUAAAAUUAAAAUCCAUCUGAUCCAGGCAGAGGUUUCCAAUAUCAAGACUGACAUCCUCGUCUUCUGCACGUCACCCAAGCUGAACCUAAAGGGUGGGCCGGCCACCCAGGCCCUGUUGAAGGCGGGGGGCCAACAGCUGCAGACAGACUGUGACAGGCUGUACCCCAAGGGCAUCAAGGAGGGCGAACUUGCCAUCAUAGGCGGGGGCCAGCUCAAAUGUGAGCAGAUCUACCUCACCACUCUACCUACCUGGAAAGAAGCUAGCAGCAAUGGAUGCAAAGUGCUGCGAGAUUUCAUGCUGGAGUGUUUGCGGAAGGCGGACCGACAUUCCAAGAAGUCCAUUGUGUUUACGAGCAUGGGCACAGGUGGUUACCUUGGUUACCCGCGUGAGACGGUGGCCAGCCUCAUGUACGGGACUGUGGUGGAGUUUGACAGCAGCUAUACGGCAACCAGUCUCCAGGAGGUCAACAUUCUGCUCUACAGCAAGGACACCGACACAGUCAAGGCCUUUGAGGAACACGAGCGUAUGCGACUGUAUGGCAGUGCUAGUCAGGGACCUCUCUCAACAGAUUUUUUGAAUGGUGGAAUGAAAAUAGAGCUGGUUGUUGAAGAUCUAUCAACACAAAAGGUGGAUUCCCUGUUAUGUACGGUGUCCUCUGAUAUGAACCUCACCCGCAGUGAAAUAUGCAAGUCUCUCCUACAGAAUGGUGGACCAUCUCUCCAGAAUGAUUGUAAGCAGAAGUACAACAAUGAGCUUCAAGUGGGCAAGAUUGCUGAUAUCUCUGGAGGCAAGCUGCCUUGCAAGACAGUGUUCCUGACCGUACUGCCAAGAUAUGAGGAGAUGUCUACUGCUGAAAAGGAUCUCAUAGACACACUUCAACGUGUGUUAAAGCUGGCCAAUUCCAAGAACCUCCGCUCAAUUGCCAUACCAGCCCUCGGCACUGGAUACCUCAACUACCCCAAGAACAUAACAGCCAAGUGCAUGUACGACACCGUGCUGGACUGGGCGGCCAACAACCCCAAGGCUUCCCUCAGGCAUGUCCGCUUUGUCAUGUACAGCAAGGAUACUGAGGCACAACAGGCCUACAGGAUGUGUCACCUGAAAGCCCAGGGAAGGGAGGCAAGGUUGAACAGAAACUUCCAGAAUGACGGCGCAGCUGCCUCACCAUCUGACGAUGGAGCAAAGUACAAGAUGGUUAAAGAUGGUUGUGUGUUGGGCCCAGUGCAGCUGAGUGUGUGUAUAGGGGACAUCCUGAGUACAAAGACUGAUGCCAUAGUGAACAGUGUUGGGCCCAACUUUGACAUGAAUGGGGCAGUAGCCCAGGCUCUUGUCAAAAAGUGUCCCAACAUCCUCACAGAAUGUCAACAGAAGAAGGGAGACCUUCAGAAGGCCGGAGUUGUGAUAACAAAGAGCGACGGGCUGGCUGCACCCCAGGUGAUCCAUGUUGUGUACCAGGACUCACUGUCGGGCUGGCGGGCCAAAAUGCUCACGUGUCUGGAGCAGGCAGAGAAAUGUCACCUCUCAUCCGUAGCAUUCCCUCUACUCGGAUCAGGAGGAGGACGCAAAUCCCUGGCAGCUGAUACAGUGGCUGAGUGCCUAUUUACUGCUAUAGAUGACUUUAUUGGCCACCAUAACAGCCCCAGUGUCAAGGAAGUACGUCUGCUCGUCCACUCAUCCAAGAUCUCCAGUCAACCUGACAUCCUCUCUGCUCUGCAGGCCAAAACCUCCGCAGCCAUAACAAACAUGUCCUCUACUGGGAGAAAGUUGCUGGCCGGUCUGUCUGGAGUCAUUGAUUUUGUGGAGAAGCUUAAAGGAGUAGGCAGCAAGCCAAAGGUUAACACAAAAGACAUUAAAAGCCAGGCCCAGAGAGUCCCAGAGACAGUGCAGGUAUCUGUACACUCGGAUGCUGCCUCCAACAUUGACCAGUGCAUACAGGCUCUUGAAGAUACUAUAGGUCUCGGCUACACGAAGAAGGUCAUUGAGCUGGACAAGGAUGUCUUCAGCGAAAUGUCUGAUAGUGAGAUGGAGGAAAUAAUUGACCCGAGUAUAUUAGUGGAUGCCAAAUUUGACAAGAAAGCAGGUAUUGUGACAUUGAAUGGCCCGUCGAAUCAAGUGAGUAUUGCUAGUGACUGCAUCCACAACAAGAUGCGCAAGUUUCAGCAUCAGGUCAGCACUAAGGAGCUCGCUAGUCUGCUGUACACGCGUAUACGCUGGUGUUGGCUGAGUGAAGACAAGGUCAGUGGAGGUGUGGCAGAAAAACCAUACUCAGAACCGGAGAACUAUGUGAUAGAAACGGCGUACAAGGAGGGGAGGGAUGAGGUGGAGCUCAGGGCUGAGCAUGAUCAGGUGUACGUGAUUGACUUUGAGAGACUGCACGAGUAUAAGAAAACAAACAAAGCUGACAGCGUGGCAGUUGUCAGGAAGGAUAUAUUGAAAGUUGGUCAAGUGCCUUUGCCUAACAACUGGGAAACCAUGGCGACAAGUGAAAAUGUCAAGAAUGUGUGCCUGCAGAGAAAUAAAGAGUUCUCAGACAUUGAGAAAGAGUUUGUGACACAGGUGUCUAAAGGACCAUAUUCACACAAGUACCGCGCACAAAACCUUCAAGUUGUCAAGAUUGAGCGCAUACAGAACAAAACACUAUACCAGCAGUACAUGGCAAAGAAGAAGCAGAUGGAAUCUAAAAAGAAAUCAGGCAAUCAGCUUGAGAGAACUGUCUGGCAUGGCACGGCUCUUGAAAGCAUCACCAGUAUUGUCAGCAAUGGCUUCAACCGCAGUUACUGUGGAAAACAUGGAACUUACUUUGGCAAAGGUGUCUACUUUGCCGGGGACGCCUCCUACUCUGCACAGGCUUACCUGGCUGGCCAGAACUCUCACCGUCACAUGUUCCUGGUGAAAGCCCUAACAGGGGAAUACAUUAAGGGAAAUCGCGACAUGCGCCACCUGCCCGCCAAGGACCCUGCCAAACCAGAGGAGCUGUAUGACUGUGCUGUGGACGAUGUGACAAAGCCGAUGGAGUUUGUGAUAUUCAGUGACACCCAGGCGUAUCCGGAGUACUUGGUUACGUAUACCUUGUGAGCUUGCAGGCUUAAAGAAUGAGGGUCAUGAUUGGUUUAUAUCUAAUGUCCUAGCAGCAGAUUCUUACUGUCAUCUUUUCAUACUUUCAUCACGGAUUCACCUGAGCUCAACAACUUAAUAAUGCAGUUAUAAGUCUGAUAUUUUGUACUGCAGUUAUAUGUCUGAUAUUUUGUACUGCAGUUAUAUGUCUGAUAUUUUGUACUGCAGUUAUAAGGCUUAUAAUUUGUACUGCUGAUAGUGGAUCAUCCCUUUUCACAAGCUGACAAUUGUUUUAACCUAAAUUGAAACUUGAGAAAUUGUUUUUCAUUUGAGUGUCACUUCUGGGGUCCUAACAGGUGCACCUCGGAUAUAUAUUUCAAUUAUAAGCAUUUCAUGAUUAGAGGCCUUACCAGUGAAGUAAACAUUUUUCUGAUGACCCCUUUAAGUUUUGCCAGUCGCUUGAGAUCAAUUGUAUAGUUUGUAUGACUAUUUUUUUAAUGUGAUAAAUAAAUCCAGAAAAUAAACUAAUGGUUUUGUUUUAUUCCUUAACUUUGAUAACAUGGCAACUGCAAAACCUUUAAAAUAUUUUCUAGUCUGAAUGAUGAAAAAGAAAUAUUAUGUGCUGAUUAAACCUUGUGUUUAUAUAUUUGUCAUUCAUUGUAUAUUCCUCACCCAUGUUCAAAUUGUGAUUACAAACAGGUUCAUUUAUUUUUCUUUUGAGCAUCAUAUCUUCAAAUUGUACUGUUAUAGUCUUUCAUAAUUGUAUAAAAAUUGAUUUACUGUUAAAUUGUAUAAGGUUCUUUAGCAUUCACGUAAAUAUAUUAAUUUGUGUGUAUUUUAUUCAAUAGUAUUAAUAGUUAACAGGAUUCUGUGUAUCUAUAAAUUGUGUUCAUAGAAAAGUUCUUAAUAAAAUAAAUGUUAACACAAGUAGGUUUAAAUGUCCAUUGAUGUUAAUGCUAGAAUGUGAAUAGAGAAUUAAGUAAUUCCUUCAGUUAGGAUAAAUCAAUUCAUGAAAGGAGCUGCAUCAUGCAAAUAUGGGUCUCGUUCCAUAUGAGUAGGUCUGGUUAUGAGCUCUGUUAUUAACUAGUAUGGCUACACAAAUAUGGGCAUAUAGUGAUCGGACCGUCCGUCUGUCUGUCUUUCCGUCACACUUUGCGUUUAGGUUUCGCGUUUAGGUUUUGAAAAAUGCUCAUAACUUCUAUGUCGCUUCAGAUAGCAACUUGAUAUUUGGCAUGCAUGCGUAUCUCAUGGAGCUGCACAUUUUGAGUGGUGAAAGGUCAAGGUCAUUCUUCAAGGUCAAAGGUAAUAAAACAUAUCCAAGGGAAGUAAUAAGCUUCAAAGGGAGAUAAUUAUCUGUACUUGCCCAAUGAUAAAAAAAAAUCAAAGUGGUGCAGUAGGGGGCAUUGUGUUUCUGACAAACACAUCUAUUGUUCCUUAAUAUUUAUUUUUAACUUCACUGUUUAUGUGAUCCGUAAUUUACCUGAAAAAAAAGAAGUUUUUACAUGUUUUAAGAGAACGUUAAUUUUUACAUUUGUGUUUUCAAAUUAUGUGCCAGGACAGUUAUUCUCUAGGUAAAAAUUAUUGAGCAAUUAUUUCCUUACAUCUAAACAGAAAAUGUUGUUUAAUAUUGCUGCGUUUAAUAUUGCUGCACAACAUUGUUGAUUGUACAUAUUUGCCUGUUUUUGAACAUGGUUGUAUAUAAUAGGAUCACAUAAUUGUAAAUGUUGUACAUAGAAUAUAGGUCGUUAAUGCCACAAAGAUAUGUGGAUCACGAUUAUAAUCUAGAGAUUUGGUGCAUUUAUUGUCAUACAUUUCAAUGUCAAUGAAAGUGAACUUGAAAAUAUUUAUGCAUAAGAACCUAGAUUAUGUCUCUGAAAAAUAAAUUCUUAAAGGGAUGAAAAUAUAUAAGACUUUGAAAAAAACAGGCUUAAUGUGUGUGUGUAAUGUGUUGUCUCGGAUUAGCUUGUGCUUUCUUUAAAGGCUAACCAGGGACGACUCUUUCUGCCUAGACUGGACCGUCAUGCAAGAGAGACUUCAUUUUUUCCCAAAAAUUCCAUAAAAGCACAAACAAAGAAUUGUCCCUGAUUAGUUAGUGCAAACUGCACUUGCUAAUUUGGGACGAUACUUCACACUGAUGCAUCAAGUCUAGUUUUUCCAAGGCACAACUAAUGUAUAUUUACAUGAAUCAGAUUGUAUUAUGUAUGGAAUGUAACUUGAAAUAGUGUACUUUAUGUGUACAGUGUACUUAUGUGGCGAACAUACUUUUUGUGAAUCAUUAUCUUACUGGAAUAAAGGUGGGAUCUAAGUAGGUGAAAUCUUUUGCUGUAUAAACAGCAAGUGUUGUCAUCAACGUGCUGUUCAUUUGAUGAGAUGAUGGUGAUUUAGAAAACAGAAGUUUUAAUUGCUCUUCUGUGCUGCAAUUUUGCUGACAUUGUUUUAAAUAACUGCUGCUGUUGUGAAGUUGAACUGUGGAAGUGAACAAUUCGUUAGGGAAUGAGAAGUUAUAAUCUGCAGAGUACACAAGCAGACCCAUGUUAUCCGUUACUUGCUUGGUCAUUGUGCAGAUCAUAUGUAGCCAUGUUUGGGUUUGUUUGAUGUACUCCUAUUAUUGUUAUUGCCUGACUGGUUGUAACAUUUGGCAAUGACAUUGGCAAGUUGUAUUUCCAGUCAUUUGGAAAGAGGUGCUUUCCUUUCUGUGUUGUGUGGUACAAAGGGUGAAUUGUAUUUUGAGAUAUUUGUUUGCAAUAUCAGGAAAAUCAGAAGAGAAAUUUUCAAUCUGAAGUCUUCAAUUGGUACAUGUAUUGUGGUGUCAGUUGUCUGAACUUGAUAAACAUAUUGCUUUAACAAUACGUACAAAAUAUCAUUAUGUAUAUGGAUUUUCCCUUUGUAUCAUGCAUCACUCUGUCUUUUGAUAAUUUUAUUGGAAGACAUUUAUGUUGUCAGAGCAUUGGUGGUAAGGUUUAAACAUCGGGAAUUUAUACCUUAUGUCCAAUGUUCUGGCAAUUUGGUGGAUAUCUUUGUUCAGAUCAGAUUUUGAACAGUUAUUUGAAAGAACAAUACCAUAAAGUAUCAGUAUACAAACAAUUAUUAUGUAGUAGUUAAUUGUUUUUGUCUGAUUUGUGCAAAGAUCUCAAAUACUGCUAAUAAGCAGGUGUAAAACUACAUUGGCGAAUCGGAAAGUACACAGGGAUAUAUUCUUGGUCACCGAAAGCAAUUGAAACUUUUAGACUGGUAAUAGAUUGAAAAUCUUUGUCUACCUGGAUUUAUGUUAAUUUAUUGUAUGUUAAUUAAAAUAUUCUGUUUCCUGCCUUUUGCUAGGAUAUUUUAAGUUAUUGCUGUAAUUAAAAUCUACUCGGCAAAGAUAACAAGUACUGAUUGCAGUUAUUCUUUCCUUGAUUAAAGUGUACCUCUGUGUACAAUCCAUACUAUAAAUGGUGAAAGGAGUCUAUUUAGAUUUAAGAAAAAGUAUAUUUUAAUGAACUGUGAAGUAAAUUUGUCUCGGAAAAUGACAUGUCAUCAGUAAUGUUUCUUUUAAUUUAUCUGGUUUUGUUGAAUAGACAUUUGUUUAGACUUGUAUAACAACCAUUUCUACUAGUAAUAGUAGUGAGUAAAAGAUUUGUGAAAAAAUAUCUUUGUCUUAGUUCCUUAAGUGUAUAUUCAUUCGUAGAUAGUUGCAGAUAUUUGUAGAAGUGUGGUAGCUUCAUAAAACCUUUAUUUUUUGUUUUGAUCUUUUUUCUUCAAUUUAAGCAUUGAAUCCUGAAUGCACCAGCUAAAAACUGACCGCCAGACGGCAUACUUCUGCCAGACGGCAUAAUACACAUUAAGAUCUGUUAAAAAACAUUCAAAGGAACAUACUAUGUUAUAACUGUAUAAUAACCUGGACAUCAUUUAUAAACAUAGGACAGAAUGUGUGUUUUAAUUUUAACUUAUACAAAUGUAUUAAGAACUAGAAGCUGGAAUUAAAGAAUCUUUUUGUAACUGUGUAAUGUUACAUGUUUGUUGGCUUUAAAAACCUGUUUGAUCCUGAAGGGCCCGUUCACGAAGUUCUUAGGAAAGAAUGUUUGUGCAUCACAGAGAUAAAGGUAGUUGAAGCACCAUUUAAUUUUUUUGUAAAGUACAGUGUGAAAAUUAAGUACAAUGUUGAGUUUAACAAAAAGCAAUGUGUUCAAUUAAAUAGAAGAACAAUGUUAAAUUCUGAUGGAGUACAAUUUAAGUCUAAAAUGGAUUACAAUGUUAUGUUUAAAUUGAAUUACAAUCUGAAGUUAAACAUGAAGAAUGAUGUAAUGUUAAGAUGGGAGAAUGAUUUCAGUUUAUAAUGAAGUACAAUUUAAUUUCAAAAUGAAGUACAAUUAAAGUUCAAAAUGAAGUACAAUUUAAGUUCAAAAUGAAGUUUACUUUAAAUAUAAAAUGAAGUACAGUCUUAAGUUCAAAAUCAAGUAAAAUCUUAAGUUAAAAAUGAAGUACAAUCUUAAGUUUUAAAGGAAGUACAAUCUUAAGUUUUAAAGGAAGUAAAGUGUAAUGUUCAGAGGAAGUACAAAUAAAGUUUAGAAUGAUCGCAAUUUAAAAUAAAAUAAGUACAAUGUUAAGUGUUCAAUUCAGUACCAUGUCCAUUAGGUGAGAGCUGUUUCUAAGGAGCUGUGUGCAUACGGGCCCAGGUGACCAUUGUGUGCAUUUUCUUUAUUGUUCACCUGUGUUAAGACUGUACCCGUUAGUUGCUUUUGUAUUGGUACAUAGAAUGAAUUUCAAUAUAAUUAUAGAUGUGUUCUUGUGUGCAAUAUUUUAUUUGAUUUAAGUAACCAUUAACAUAUUAGUUUUAAGUAUUCUUCAUUUGAAUUCCCUGCAGACAGCUUAUACAGUAAUUUACUACACUUUUAUUGUCCCCUACCGGUUUCACCAAAGGGGACUUAUGGUUUGCGCUCUGUGAGUCUGUCUGUCUGUCUGUCUGUCUGUCUGUCUGUCUGUCUGUCUGUCUGUCUGUCUGUCUGUCUGUCUGUCUGUCUGUCUGUCUGUCUGUCUGUCUGUCUGUCUGUCUGUCUGUCUGUCUGUGUCUGUAUGUAUGUAUGUCUGUCUGUCACACGUUUCUGGAUCCUACGAUAACUUUAAAAGUUCUUCAUAUUUUUUCAUGAAACUUGAAACAUGGAUUGAUGGCAAUAUGCACAUUAUGCACGUCAUUUCAUUUUGUUCCUACGUCAAAAAUUCUAGUUGCUAUGGCAACAAAUAGACUAGAAAUACUGCUGAAAAGGUGUUUUUCUGGAUCAUGCGAUAACUUUAAAAGUUCUUUAUAUUUUUUCAUGAAACUUGAAACAUGGAUAGAUGGCAAUAUGGACAUUAUGCACGUCAUUUCAUUUUGUUCCUACGUCAAAAAUUAUGGUUGCUAUGGCAACAAAUAUAUAAUAAAAAAUCUGACAAAGGUGGAAUAUCUGACAAUGGUGAACCCGGUAGGGGACAUAUAUUGCUUGGCAAUAGUCUUGUUCACUAUAUCUCACCAGACCUUUUAAGUAUAUGCAUCAUGUUUGCUAAUUACAGCAGUACAAAAGCUAACAUGUAUUUAUGGGUCUUCCUUAAUAAGACCCAAUAUUUUUUCUGAUAAGGUACUAUAUCAUAUACCUCCGUAUGCCUCACCAAGAAAUACAAGUAAUACAUUUUUAAAAAGCAUCUAAGUAAUUGUUUGUGUAUUAUUUUGUAUGACAUGUUAUUAAAUGAACCCUAGAUAUUUCUUUCAAUUCAUUUCAAAUGAAGAAGUGUGUAAUUCUGUUGAGUACGUAUUUAAUUACAAACAUUUUAACACAAAGCAAGAUUUUUUGUAUUAUUCUUUUUUUGGCCUUUUUGUUUGGUUACAUGUUUGAUUUCAGUGUUUUCAUGUAAAUAUUUAAAUGUGAAAGACUCUUGUUUCUUAAAUAACAUUGACAGCAAAAUGUUUAGUCAACACUUGGAAUUUUCAGAUGUUAAUGAAAACAAUUCAAAUGGAAAACUGACAACAAUUUGUUUGUGUUAUUAUCACGGUAUCUCUCACUUGUUUAGAAUGUAAACUGUUAAGAAUGUAAACUGUUAAAACUUGUACAAAAUUUAUAUUUAAAUGUGUCUCAACAUGUACUUAAAAGCUACAUGGAGUUAAUUGUUAACAUAAUCUAACGGCUAUAUGCAAAUGUUUGUGACUACUGUUAGGUACAGUAAACUGUGAACACAAUCUAUUUGCUAUGUUCAACGGAUUAAAAAUACUGUUUAGUACAUAAAACUGUGAACACAGUCAAAUGGCUAUGUUUAAUUGUUAGGACUACUGCUAUGUACCUUAAACUGAAUGCAAUCUUAUGACUAGGUUUAACUGAAUAUGAAUAAUGUUCUUCAUAUUAAACUGUGAACAAGAUCUAAUGGCUAUGUUUAACUGAUUAGGACUACUGCUAUGUACAUUAAACUGUGAAUACAGUCUAAUGACUAUGUUCAACCGAAUAGAAAUAAUGUUCUUCCCAGUAAACUGUGAACAUGAUCUGACGGUUAUGUUCAACUGUUUUUGACUACUGUAAUGAAGUGCUUAGACAGACUUUUUUAUGCCCCCCUUCGAAGAAGAGGGGGUAUAUUGCUUUGCUCAUUUCGGUCGGUCGGUCGGUCCGUCCACCAGGUGGUUUCCGGAUGAUAACUCAAGAACGCAUGGGGCUAGGAUCAUGAAACUUCAUAGGUACAUUGAUCAUGACUCGCAGAUGACCCCUAUUGAUUUUGAGGUCACUAGGUCAAAGGUCACAGGUGAAGGUCACAGUUAUUGGAAAUAGGCAUUUAAAGGAUUUAGCAUGGUUCAAACAAGGGAAACAACAACCGAUUAUGCAUGUUCUUUUUAUUACAGCAUUUGCCUCCCUUUAAUUCAUUUAAAAUCUCAUUUUACAGCAGAGAUUCCAAAUCUGACCUGUAAAUGAGCCCCAUAUUCACUGCCAGUGCUAGGUUACCUUUUCCCAUUUGAUCAUUCUUAAGUAUUGGUAUUUGUAAUGCUGCUGCUACUGCUACUGCUACUGCUACUACUACUACUACUUCUACUACUACUACUACUACUACUACUACUACUACUUCUACUAUUACUACUACUACUACUACUACUACUACUACUACUACUACUACCACCACCACCAACACCACCACCACCACCACCACCACCGUUCACAGUGACAUAAAACGUAUUCACACAAUUGCUGCUACUACAACUUAUAGUCCAUAUAGGGGGGCAUGCAUGUUUUACAAACAGCCCUUGUUUAACCAUGUCUUACUUGAUUUUUAAGUUUACCAUAUGAAAUCACUGAAGACCAAUAAUGAUGACUUUAACAAUCUUACAUAAAAGAAGCAUUAGACAAUCUACAGAGAACUGCAUGUUAAUUUAGCUUAAAUGAGUAAUUGUUCAGGUUCAUAUUGUUUAAUGUUGUUUCUAGGUAAAAUAUUAUAUUUCAUAAGGUGUUAUUAAAAGUAUUCUAUUAGAACAUGUUUAUGAUGAUAUUGAAAUGCAUGCUUUCCUUGAUUGUAUUAUUAAUUUUCUGGGGAUGUUGCCCUCAAGAAUUUUCUAUUAAAGAUGGCAGAGAAUAAUGAUACAGGGAUGGUUAGGAAAUCCGUUGGUUGAAAGAGGGACUGAUACACGAUGCUUGUGUUUGAUGUAGCAGACUGAACUCGCCAAUCUGAGACCAUACUUAAUGCACAUGCACUAAGCCAGUCUGGCUCACAUUUCUUCUGUAUUUAAUCCAAGGUUCACCAUUUUCAUGCUGCAUGUUAGAGUAAAAGUUAGCUUAUAAAAAAAAGGCCAUUUGAGUUCAGGUUCUGUAUUGCAACAUUUGAUUGUUAUUCCUGUUCUAGGCCACUAAAUUUAUACAAAGUGUGAUUAUACCAUUUAUAAAAAAGUUAUAAAAAAAUACAUGGACGGACAUUAAUAAAAAAAAGAGUCUUAAUAUAUUUAUAUGAAUGUGUUUCAGAAUUUAUGUGCAUUCUCCAUAGUUUCUUUUCACUUGGUGUUGGCGACAGGAUUUCAUCAUUUGUGUAUUUGUGUAUCAUGUACCUACAGGAUGUCAGUGUUGGUUUUAUAUACUGGUUUGUUUUUAAUCAUGGCAAGCAGGACUGUGUAAUUAGUAAUUAAACUCACGCUUCAAGUGUAAUGGAUGUGAUUGGUUAACUUUGACACCAUAUUGCCCUAAUUAAUCUGCAUCUUCCAGUAGUGGGCUGUUUUUUCCUACAGGCUGAUUGAUUUGCAAAGCAAAAUGAGUUUGAUGUUCUCAAAUAUUGAUUUAAGAUUACUAUACGUAUUCUGAAAUUGACCAAGCAUAGACAUGCAUAUAUGUAUUAAUAGUUGCAAAGCAAUCAAGCUGAACUUUAUGUAGUAUCUUAUAGCACAGAUAUGUGCAUAAGUAUUAAUUCCUCGAUGUUUAUAUAGAUUUUAAAGUGCUGCUUUCUGUAUACAUACAAAACAUGGUAAAGCCAUUGAACUAUUGUUAAUGGAUCAACAAUUUAGUGUCUUUCCAAGACUGAUGUCAUUUAAGAAAUCUUCACCAUCUUUUUCUAGUUUCUCAUAAAAUAAAAUAAUGUCUGUAUGCGACAACUAUAUUAUAUAUUUCUCAUUGUUUAUUUGCCAAUAAACAACAUUUUUGGAGUUCUAAUCUGUUUGAAUCUAAUUUCUAAAGCCAUGUCUCAGAUCAAAACGUUUUUGUUGAUUGACCAAUAAACAAUAUUUAAUGUCUUUUUAUGAUUGGACAAAUAUAUGUUGUUACUUUGUUGUUCUCAGGCUAGGUUUGUUUAAAUUGUUUAUUGAAUUAUUGAACAACAUUGAUUUUGUUAAAUGUCCUAAAUGAGCUAGUUGAAUAAUCAGGUUAGAUAUCGAACGUGUCUGCGUCCGUCUUGCAACCAACGGGGAUCAGUGGACGGGUCAGCUGUAUAAGAUGACACAAUUAUUCUUUCAAAAUGAAAAAGUAUGCGUUAAUAAAUUUCAUUUUUACUUUAUUUCUUAUACAGAUAUGUAUGCAAUUACUACUUGCAGCCUACGUAAUUUUAUCUACUAAGUGUAAUGAAUGAUAUGCAAAUGGUCGCGAAUUCGUUCGAUGUCCUAAAUUUCAACCUUGAUGUUAUUUAAGGUAAUAAAUGCAGCAGUCUAACUAGAACAUUGUUUUAUUUAUCUACGGAAAGUUGUAACACUAGUCAAUGCAAUUGUUUCUUACCCUCAAAUGUAAUGUUUUUUACAAAAGAAUUGAUAAAGUGGUAAUAUUGAUACAGGUUAUAUUGUGUCAUCUUAUAAUCAGUGCCCUGCCCAGGUCAGUUAAUUUGGAGAUUGUCUUUUCCUCAAACCAUUAUUUUUGAUCACGUUAUUAUCUUUUGCUAUGACAUAAUAAAUGUAUUAAAUGUU